CCUGAGCUGUCCAUCAUUUUCGACCUGUGCAGGCCUCCGUGGGUCAUGGGGGAGACCAGUCAGCCAGCCAGAGACAAAAAGAGAAGCAAAUGCAGUAAGGCUUUGUCGUCGAAAGGAUGAGCCUUUAUAAGCAUCGCCUCCUGAAGCCGGUGGAAGAGAGGACAGGCGUAGAGGGUGGGCAGGGGGCAGCUGUCCCUGGCUGGGAAGUGUGGCUCCCGCCCGGGGAGAGGAAAUCCAUUCUCUCUCCAUCUUCAGACUGGACUCCCUCCUUGUGGUUUAAUGCUGCAGCCCCCGCAGUGCAGAACCUACAUACCUGUGUGUCCCUCUCCUCCCAGGCCCUGUUCUGCUCAGCACAGAUUCUCUGGGUUCUCUGGGGACAUGGUUUGAUGAACAGGUUCGAGGUCUAAGAUUUUUGAGUCACUUUUCCCGGGGAUGUCUCAGCCUCCCUGAUGUCCCAGGAAACUCCCUGCAGGGAGGAUGUUCUGGGGGUAAAUGUCUGCCCCUGCCUGGGUAAGAGUGUAAUCUCACACAUUCUCCAGAGAGUCUGACAGAGACGGAGGGUGGGGCACUGCAGCACCCUUGCCUCCGUUGUCCCCACCUCAGCACCGCUCCCCUGCCGUCACGCUGGGCCCGCUCACAUGGCUGGCAUCUCUCUGGGACCCCUGGGCGGACUGCAGCUGCAGAGACAGCGGCCUCUUACCUGGUCUCUUGGAGUCCAGUGAACUCAAGAACUCCGCCAUGAUGCUCUUUAACUCUCCUCCCCCAAGUUCUGAAGAGAACCCCCCAGCUGUCAUCCCGAGGCCUCCACCUCCACAGCAACAGAAGCCAGCAAGCCUAGUGGACGUGUGUAUUCUUCUCCACCGGCUCCCGCACUCCCCCUCGCGAGAAACUAUGCUUUGCUCGGCCCAGGAGCGGAGUGACUUGGGGCUGACGCACCUGAGCCGUGACUGGGAGAUGGGUGGAGGACUGUGUGUGUGCAGGGACCUGACCAGGACGGCAGCUCCGCCUGGAUAAAGCACAGCUUGCUGGAGCCACUCACGGUGAAGGAGUGCCCGUGCGCAGCGGCGAUGCCACCUUCCCCAAAGCGAUGGACAACGUGACGGUCCGGCAGGGGGAGAGCGCCACCCUCAGGUGCACGAUUGACAACCGGGUCACCCGGGUGGCCUGGCUGAACCGCAGCACCAUCCUCUACGCCGGGAACGACAAGUGGUGUGUGGACCCCCGCGUGGUCCUCCUGAGCAACACCCAGACCCAGUACAGCAUCGAGAUCCAGAACGUGGACGUGUACGACGAGGGCCCCUACACCUGCUCCGUGCAGACGGACAACCACCCCAAGACCUCCCGGGUGCACCUCAUCGUGCAAGUAUCUCCCAAAAUUGUAGAGAUUUCUUCUGAUAUCUCCAUCAACGAAGGCAACAAUAUCAGCCUCACCUGCAUAGCAACGGGUCGACCGGAGCCAACGGUUACUUGGAGACACAUCUCCCCCAAAGCUGUGGGCUUUGUGAGCGAAGAUGAAUACUUGGAGAUCCAGGGCAUCACAAGGGAGCAGUCGGGGGACUAUGAGUGCAGCGCCUCCAAUGAUGUGGCUGCCCCAGUGGUGCGCAGAGUCAAGGUCACCGUGAACUAUCCUCCAUAUAUUUCAGAAGCUAAGGGGACAGGUGUCCCCGUGGGACAGACAGGGACGCUGCAGUGUGAAGCCUCUGCGGUUCCCUCGGCAGAAUUCCAGUGGUACAAGGAUGACAAAAGGCUGGUUGAAGGAAAGAAGGGGGUCAAAGUGGAAAACAGACCUUUCCUCUCCAAACUCAUCUUCCUCAAUGUCUCUGAACCUGACUAUGGGAACUACACGUGUGUGGCCUCCAACAAGCUGGGCCACACCAACGCCAGCAUCACACUGUUCGAGCUAAGUGAGCCUACAAGCUCAACUUUGUUACAAGAAGUCAAAACCACAGCUCUGACCCCUGGGAAAGGCCCGGGCGCCAUCAGCGAAGUGAGCAAUGGAGCGUCGAGGAGGGCUGGCUGCGUUGGGCUGCUGCCUCUUCUGGUUUUGCAACUACUCCUCAAAUUUUGAUGUGAGCGCCACUUUCCCCGCCGGGGAGAAGCUGCCGUCACCACCACCACCGACACGUCGGCCACGGCGACCAAGAGCAACGCGAGCAUCCCCGUGCUAAAGCAGAUACAAUCCCACAAAAUUCAGAGCCUGAGGGGACGCAAAUUCGAGGGAGGGGGACAGAGAAUACUUUGGGAAAACAGGUUGAACGAGGACAUGGGAAAUCGCCUUGCAGAUACAUAGGUACAGUUGAGUUUUCUUUCUUUUUCCAAACGGGAAGAACGCACGUGGCUUUGGACCCACCCGCAAGCUGCAUGGCGUGACCUCCGUUACCAGUCGGGCAAGGGCUCAGCCUCUCUGCCCACCACAGUGGCCCCCCACCCCCCAAGGAAAGUUCUGGAGUCGGCCACCCCAGAUUCAAUCAGUCAGUAGAGAAGAACUCAGAGGGAGGCUUGCAGGCCCAUUCCUGAACUGUGUCCCUAUUGUGUGUGUGAUGAAACGCAGCAACAAAAAGUUAAAUAAAAAGGAAAACUAAACAAGACAGCCUGUCAGCUACAAUAAUCCCACAGUCAACAGUCACAAAAGAUAUUGUUAAACUUUUUUUUUUUUGGUUUUCAUUUUACUACAUGGACAUCGUAGAUAAUAAGGGAUUCUGAUUCAUUAUUAAUUUUAUUAAUUAUAUUUUCUGAUAUGAGUCUAAAGCUUAGUGCAAAGACAAGACAAAACUAAAAAAGUACACAAGUGAGAGGGGUGAAGAGAAGUAUGUUUGUUAAACGUUAAACAUGAAUAGUAUACUUCUUACCUAGGUUUACAACUGGCGGCCAACACACCAGGCGUUAGCUACCUGGUGAGGAUUUGGCAAAUCCACCAAA